AUGUCGCGCGACCCUCGCCGAACAGCCUGGCGCGAGGAAAUGAGGCCCAUGAAGCUGGACAAGGGCUCCCCCUUGCCCAAGCCCGACCGCCAUGAGCGCCAGCCGGCGUCGAGUCCAGUGACGGCCUUCUUGCGCGAAGUUGGCCUCAUCCAGUAUGCUAGGGUCUUGAAGCAUCAUGGCUUUGACGACAUGGAGACGCUGAUGAGUAUUCAGGAUGAGCACAUGCGCGAGAUGAGCAUUCCCACUGGCCACAUUCUCAAGCUCAAGAGGCGCCUCCACGAGUACGCCUUGCAGGUGCGCCAGCACCAGAAAGAGUCGCGCCAGUCCAGUCAGAUGCCACUGCCACGAUUCAAAGGCGCAGACAUGCACUCUGAGUCGUACACCACCGUGCAGAUGAGUUGGCUGAAGCUCAAGGAGAGUGGCUUGAGCACGGUUGGUGGCCUCUUCUACCGGAAGUUCUUUGCCCUAGAGCCCGAUGCAAAGCAGCUCUUCCCGCUUAGCAUGCGCUGGCGCUACAAGGACUGGGAUACGGACGAGGAGGAGAAUCCCGACGAUCCCACGCACUCGCCAGCUUUGAGGAACCUUUGGGCAAAGUUCAUCAGCGUGGUGGGAAGUGCUGUGGCAGGGAUCCAGGAUGGUGGCCGGCUGGUUCCGAUGCUACAACAGCUAGGCAUGCGCCAUGCCAGCUACGGACUGAAACCAGGGUACUUCCACCUGGCUGGAAAGAUCUUGGUUGAUGUGAUUGGAGAGUGGCUGGGUGACUCCUUCACAAAGGAGGUGGAGAAUGCUUGGGUCAUGGUUUCAAGUUUCAUGAUCGCCACCAUGCUGUCUGGCUACAACAUGGCGCAGAAGAACAUUCAGGAGACAGAGCAGCAUUUGCGUUUGCACCUGGCGGCUGUGUCAGACGAAUCCGAUGCUGAGAGCACGCGUAUUGGGGAGACAGAGAUUGGCACGGAGAUAGGCUCUCGGCAGAUCACCGCAGAGGAUGAGGAUGUGCUGGGUGCCUAA